AUGUUCCCUCGAGCAGAUAGCUUAUGUUGGGGAGCCGAGAAGCAUGGGAUCUUCUUCGUCAAGUCGGUUUACCAUUUACUAUCCAAUCUUAGGGAUCAGCAAGUGCAACUGCGUGCCUCUUCAUCUAGAAGUCAUAGUUGGGAGGAGAUACCCCCAUCAGUCUGGAAACGAAUAUGGGGCUGUAAGACUCUGCCUAAGAUUAAGUCCUUCUUAUGGAAAUGUUGUGCCCAGGGUGUUCCUACAAGAGAUAAUCUCACUAAGAGGCAAAUCCAUGUUGACCCAGGUUGUAUUCGAUGUGGAGGAUCAGCAGAGACCAUUGAUCACUUACUGCUUGACUGCCCUUUUGCUAGAGCCACCUGGUUCGGCAGUAAUCUGUCCUUCAUAGUGCCUUCCCAUACUUCACCCAAGCUCUCUCACAUUCUACGGAUUUGGAAGGAGUAUAACUUCCCUUCCAAGAAGGAUGAAGAGGAAACAUUGGCUUUGUUCUUUUUCGUCUGCUGGUAUCUGUGGUUGGCGCGUAAUGAAUUAGUGUUUCACCAGAAUGCCCAGGAAGCACAAGAUGUUUUCCUUCGUGCUCACCGGGCUUUUGCAGAAUUCUAG